AUGGAGGAAAGAAGAGCGACAAAGACCAAUAUGAUCUUUAGCUUCCUUGUACUUUAUGCAUCGAUAACUUCUACGCAUGCCGCAGACACCAUAUCUGCAAACCAAAUUCUUAGAUAUAACGAAACCCUCAUUUCACCACAUGAAACCUUUGAACUUGGCUUCUUUAACCCCGGUAACUCCACCAACCAUUACAUCGGAAUUUGGUACAAAAGAAUAUCCACCCGAACCGUUGUAUGGGUAGCCAACCGAAACUCACCACUCACCAGUACCUCAGGCGAGUUAGCUCUCACCCUUCAGGGAGUUCUAAUUCUCCGGGAUGCCACUAAGGGUAAUGUUGUAUGGUCGUCAGCGAACUCGUCAACCACAUCAGCCAUGAAUCCGAUUGGUCAGCUUUUAGAUACAGGCAACUUUAUAAUACAAGACGAGGCUGAAGACAUUGAUAAAAAAGAGCCCAUAUGGCAAAGUUUCGACUUUAUGACAGACACUUUACUUCCCGGAAUGAAGCUAGGCUGGAAUUUGGUUAUGGGGAUUGACAGGCACUUCACGUCAUGGAAAUCUAGCGAUAAUCCUGCUUCCGGUGAGUUUUCUUAUUUAGUUGAUAUUCGAGGAUACCCUCAGGUGUUGCUAAUGAACGGCCAGAGUAUAAAGUUUCGGGCAGGUCCAUGGAAUGGACUCACGUUUAGCGGAGCUCCUGCUUUAAGACCGAACCUGAUUUACAACUUCACGUUUGUUCUUAAUCAGGGAGAAAUAUACUACCAGUACAAUCUAUUAACUAGUUCGGUUUUUACGAGGCUGGUGUUACAACCAAGUGGUCGUAUAGAACGUUUGUUAUGGAUUGAUAGCAAACAAGAAUGGAGCCUUUAUGUGUCUCCAGAAAGUGAUCAAUGUGAUCGGUACGCGUUGUGCGGUCCAUUUGGGAGAUGCAGUAUUGACAGGUCGCCUGUUUGUGAAUGUUUGAAAGGGUUUGAGCCCACGUCUCCUGAUCAGUGGAGGGUCGGAGAUUGGUCUCAAGGGUGUAGACGUACGGUCCCUUUGGAUUGUAACCCUGCAGAGGGGUUCAACAAAUAUACAAAUCUGAACUUACCAGACACUCGGGGGUCAUGGUAUAACCAGACCAUGACACUUGUAGAAUGUGAGAAGAUGUGUAAAAGCAAUUGUUCGUGUACUGCUUACACAAACUCGAAUGUCUCAGGGAGUGAGAGUGGUUGCUUGCUAUGGUUCGGGGACUUAAUCAAUAUUAGAACGUUUGCUGCAAAUGUGGAGACUCUUUAUAUACGAUUUUCACCUUCAGAGUUAGAUUUAAUAGACAAAAGUAAAAGCUCAGGUGCAGGGAGAAGCGUACGAGUUAUUGUCCCCAUAGCAUUUGUGGUUUUGGUCGUACUAGUUUCAGUAUGCCUGUUUUAUCGUUGUAAUAGGAAGAAGCAACACCAACAAGAAGUUGUGGUUGUGACCUUCAUAGGGACACGUGGAAACGAGUUUGAACUUCGUGAAAAUAGAAGUGAUGAUAAUGAAGAUAUAGAGCUACCACUAUUCAGUAUGUCCACUCUACUUAAAGCCACAAACCACUUUUCAGUGAACAGAAAACUUGGAGAGGGCGGCUUUGGACCAGUUUACAAGGGGGUACUUGAAGAUGGGCAAGAAAUAGCAGUGAAGCGGCUAGCAAAAACAUCCACUCAAGGACUUCAGGAGUUCAAGAAUGAAGUUAUCUCGAUAUCUAAAUUACAACAUCGUAAUCUUGUCAAGCUCUUAGGUUGCUGCAUAGAAGGAGCUGAAAAGAUGUUGAUUUAUGAAUACAUGUCAAACAAAGGCCUCAAUUCCAUCAUAUUUGAUAAAACUCAAAGCAAGCUACUUGAUUGGCCUGCACGUUACCACAUUAUCCAUGGAAUUGCUCAUGGACUUCUUUAUCUUCACCAGGAUUCCCGGCUUAGAAUCAUACAUAGAGAUCUCAAAGUCAGUAAUAUUUUGCUCGACACAGAUAUGAACCCGAAAAUUUCAGAUUUUGGCAUGGCUAGAACUUUUGGAGGAAAUCAGAUAGAGGCAAACACAAAUAGAGUGGUUGGAACAUAUGGCUACAUGGCGCCAGAGUAUGCAGGAGACGGUAUCUUUUCGAUAAAGUCAGACGUAUAUAGCUUUGGCGUAUUAGUGUUGGAAGUUGUGUGUGGGGAGAAAAACAGAGGAUUCAUUUACAAAGAACAUUGCAACAACUUGAUUGGAUAUGUAUGGAGACUACAUAAUGAAGACAAUUCCUUGCAAUUAGUUGAUAAGUGCCUUGGUGAAUCAAUCAAUGAGUCUCAAAUCCUACGAUCAGUCCAUGUUGGUUUGUUGUGUGUUCAACGUGACCCGGAAGAUAGACCAACUAUGGAGUCUGUGAUCAUGAUGUUGGGGAGUGAGAGUCCAUUGCCUUCACCAAAAGAACCGGGAUUUUACAUUGAGAAAACCAUGCAAAAUACUAUUCGAUAUUCACGAUCCUGUGGAACAGGUUCUAAUAACAAACUAAGCAUUACAAUGUUGAUUGGCAGAUAA